AUGAUAAAUCCUACAUUCACGCGUUCGAAAUUUGUCGAUGAUGGUAGUGAUGACGAUGGAUUUUCCUUGACUUGGUCACCCACAGAAGACGAACGUGGACACAUCGAAGAAUAUAAAGAAUAUGUUCGUCAAAGUCCUGCUUAUCAUCAAAGUAUUCUCCUAUAUGCUUUUGCAGAAGAACCAAGUAUAGUAUUGGAUGGAUUCCUCUUCUUGGGCAAUUUGCGCCACGGAUCAAAUUUAGAUUUACUCGAAAGAUUUAAAAUCGGUAAUUCUAGAUGCAUGCUAAGUUCUAAAUAAGAGCUACACAAUUUUUUCAAUGUCAAAAGGAAGAACAAAUUUUACACCGUAAAAUCUAAUAUAUAAUCUCUCUUUCUCUCUCUUAGAACAUAUUAUCAAUGUAAGCGAGACGGACGUCAGAGACAGACUCCCUUCAAACCGUUUCGAUAUUGUUUACGUGCCAAUGUACGAUAGAGUACGAACAAAUAUUAAACAGGUAUUUGUGAUAACAUAUUAAAUGUUUUCUAUUCUCCUGUUCAGCAUUUUGAUCGUACAAAUGAACUGUUGCACAGUUAUUACAUGAAGAAGGAACGUUGUCUUGUUCAUUGUGCUGCUGGUACGUUCAGCUGUUUUCCACCUGUUUGGGAUGAAAAAAAUCUCUCAUGAAAUUUCUACUACAGGUGUUUCAAGAUCAGCAACUAUUGUUUUAGCGUAUUUAAUGAAGGUAAUUUCCUAUGAAAAUAUAAAAAGAAUAUUACACUGAAAAUCUCUCAUAGUAUCAUCACAAUACACUCAAGGACGCUUUUCACUAUCUCAUCGAUAAACGUCCUCAAAUAGAUCCGAACGAAGGUUUUUUAUUACAAUUGUUGCGCUACGAAAAUGAACUAACAAAAUCGCGUGAAAUUGUGGCGACUUCAGAUACAAGUGCAGCAUCUACUAGCACUGCAGUUUCAUCAUCCAACAAUACAAAUAAUCCUAUUGAAACAGUGCAACAAUUCGAAAAGAAAAAAGGCAUGAAAACCAUUACAAAAGCUAAAUUGGUGAAAACAAGAUUGAAAAAAUAGGGAUCAAUCAUCUUGUACCUUCUCCAAAACGAUUUCAGUAUGAUAUGCUCGUUUUUUCCAACAAUUUGCUGAGAAAAUCAUACUCGUUCAAUAAAGUACAUAUUGCUCAGUUAAUCUUUUCUCCAGUAGAUUAUUCUUUCUGUGUGUUAGUAACAUUAUGGCUUCGACAUAUUUAUAACGCCAAUAUUCUAGAUCACAUCUAGCAACUAUUUGAGUCACUCUAAUGAGACGUCCCUAUUCAAAUCUUAAAAACUUCUAUCAGAUCUCACUGUUUUCAUAUUCACUUUUGAUAAAAGUUCGUAUAUCUUUGUUCUUUGAUUUUUUCGUCACAUGUCAUGGAGCAAUACCGUACUAUUUUCUCCUAGGUGGAGUGUGGGUGUGGGUGUGGAUGCGGGUAAAGCGCAGACCGAUACUCACUCCCACACACCGCCCUACACCCACACCCAAAUCGGCACCCACGCCCAAUAAAAUUUAGUGAUUCAAAAAUAGUAUUUCAUAUAAGAUGGCUUAUCGUGCGUCUUAUUACCCACAUACAUAAAAUAUUUAACAGAGGGUCCAUGAAUCAAUCGAGCAAUAUUUAGAGACCCAUACUUCCGAAAAUUUUCACCCCCUCGUUUUAUUAGUGAAAUCGAUAGCCCAUGAGGUGAAACUACUAAAUCCAAAAUAUUAGCUCGCUUAAGGCCGCCCCCCCCCUCCGAGAAUCAAUUAUUUAAAAAAAAUUCAAUUUUCCGAGCAAACCA